GUCCCCCAGGCCGCCUUACUGAAGAAAGGGAAGAGCAGGGGCACCAGCACCGAACUCCGCAAGGCGGACGGCGGCGGCCUCGUCGGCCUCGGGACGCUCCUCAGGAGCAGCCGCCUGGCUGGCAGGCUGCGCGCGGGGUCCGUGCGGGCCGCCUGCUUCAUGCCCGUGGUCGAGCGGCUGCUGCACAUGCUGAGAGCAGGGAAGAUGCCGCGCCAGGUGGAGCUUGAGCUCGCCUUGUCCGUCAAGAACAUUCGGCAGUCGAGUCUUGACGAAGUUGGCCACGGUGUCCUUCACAGCGUCCUGAUGAAGCUCGAGGACUUCUGGCAGGGAUCUUUGAAGUUCGACUGCGAGCUCGCCCAGCUCGACGUGGACCUUUACCAGAGGUACCACAUGAACAACAUACUGCACACCACCCUGUCGCUGGACGACCUCCGGCCCCAGCUCGAGUUCUCGAGCCAGCCGCUCCAGCUUCACGUUGGGCACCUCCAUGAGGUGGCGGAGGAGACGCUGGUGGCCGACGACGAGGUCGGGCCCGUGCACCACUCGUCCGCCACCGCGGGCGCCGCCCGCAAGCCGACGUGGGACACCGUGGAGUCCGACGCGCCCGAAGGUGAUGUCGACGAGUUGCAGACUGAGAUUCAGGAUGCGAGUGUUCGACGGUGUUGCUGUGGAUGCGUCCCCGACAACCAGGUAUUUGAAGUCCCGAGCAGCGUCACAACGCACCUGGCGACAUCUCCUCGAAGGUCACAGAUCAUCGGGAUUGAUCCUGGUCAGAGGCCUGAUGGCUUGAGUAGCCGCAGCUGGUGGGAGCCCUUACCCUGGAAGAUGUCCUUCAAGCUGGUCAGCCCCACGGAUGUCGGGCUGCAGGUCGGAGAUGCAUCGCGAUGGCCUGAGGAUUUCCUUCACCUUGACGGGCAAUCGCGGAACAGUUAUGGUUCUUGGUUUCAGCGUGACUACUUGCAUGCUCACCUAGCUGAAUACAGGGACAACCAGCUCGGAAGCACAAGCUCAUCUCCAAGAGAUUUGUCUCCAAGAGCUGGCCUGAGCAGCAACCCGUUCAUGGUAUCGACGAAUUCAUUAUUGAGAUGGACAUCGGAUGGGAUACAGAGUAUUUCCAAGGCAGCGGCGAUUUCGGCUGGAAUGCAGAGUAUGAUGCGGCGGACCUCGCUCAUGCCGUCGACUUCAGCCCCUUCGAGUCGCUUCCAAGAGGUUACUCUCGCACGUCAUUCUGACCGGUCUUAUCGACAGUGA